AUGGCAGAUCAAGAAAGUGGCGACGAGCUCUAUCCCAUUGCAGUAUUGAUUGACGAGCUGAAGCAUGAUGAUGUUCUCCUGCGCCUAAACGCCAUUCAUAGGCUUUCCACCAUCGCCCUUGCUUUGGGUCCUGAUCGAACAAGAGACGAGUUAAUACCUUUUUUGGAUGACUCUGUCGAAGAUGAAGAUGAAGUCCUUACCGCACUCGCCGAAGAGCUUGGGAACUUCAUAGAGUAUGUCGGAGGACCAGACUAUGGUCACGUGCUGUUGGCACCGCUGGAAAAUCUGGCAGCCAUCGAGGAGCCACUUGUCAGGGACAAGGCCGUCGAAUCUCUGAACAAAAUCUGCGAAGAGUUGUCCGACAGACAAGUAGAAGAAUACUUCAUUCCCCUCACAAUUCGUCUGUCCAAGGCGGAUUGGUUCACAUCUAAAAUUUCGGCAUGCGGCCUGUACACAACUCCCUAUAAGAAAGCUUCUCCUUCUUCCCAACAAGGUUUACGCACACAGUUUGGGCACCUGGUUCACGAUGAGACACCUAUGGUGAGACGUCAAUCCGCAAACAACCUCGCUAAAUUCAUCAAAGAAGUAGGACCAUCAGUGGUCAUUGAUGAGAUGAUUCCCUUGUUCCAACACCUGGCCAGCGACGACCAGGACAGUGUUCGUUUGCUUACCGUUGAGGUUCUCAUUUCAAUUUCAGAAGUCAUCCCUAAGGAGCAGCAGCCAAGCCACGGCGUUCUUCUCACUGCUUUGCGUAGUCUCUUCGAAGACAAAAGCUGGAGAGUGCGAUAUAUGGUGGCUGAAAAGUUCGAAAAGAUUGCCAAAGCUGUCAAUGAAGAGGUUGUCACUCGAGAUCUGGUUCCAGCAUUUGUUAAGCUUCUCAAGGAUAGCGAAGCCGAAGUCAGAACCGCCGUCGCCAGUCAAAUUCCAGGUUUCUGCGCACUACUUGAUCGCGAGACAUUGCUCAACGAAAUCAUGACAAGCAUUGAAGAUCUUGUAUCCGAUCCUUCUCAACAUGUUCGAGCGGCUCUUGGAACUCAGCUUAGUGGAUUGGCACCUAUUCUUGGCAAGGAGGAGACCAUCUCUCAUCUUCUGCCCAUGUUCUUGCAGAUGCUCAAGGACGAAUUCCCCGACGUACGAUUACACAUCAUUUCCAAGCUGGAACUUGUCAACGAUGUCAUUGGAAUCGAUCUGCUCUCUCAAUCUCUCCUACCAGCUAUCGUACAACUAGCCGAAGACAAACAAUGGCGAGUUCGUCUUGCUAUCAUUGAAUACAUCCCCCUAUUGGCCAAACAGCUGGGUGUGAAGUUCUUUGAUGAGCAAUUAAGUUCACUUUGUAUGGGAUGGCUGGGUGAUACCGUCUUCUCUAUUAGAGAAGCCGCCACACUAAAUCUGAAGAAACUGACCGAAGUGUUUGGUGUCGAGUGGGCCAGCCGUUCGAUCAUCCCCAAGGUGACUGCGAUGAGCCAACAAGAGAACUAUCUCUACCGUAUGACUACAUGCUUCGCUAUCACGACACUAGCCCCUGUGGUCACCCUCGACAUCAUUCGAGAAAGCGUGCUUCCUAUGAUGGAUCGGCUCGUGGCAGAUCCCAUUCCCAAUAUCCGCUUCAAUGUGGCCAAAUCAUAUGCCGUACUGAUCGAUACGCUCCGAAGACUUCCCGAAUCUGGCACAAUCGCUGAACUUGAGUCGUCCAGCACUGGUGGCUCACCCAGUCCCAAGGGUCAAGACCUCAUCAACGAACAUGUUCUACCCAAUCUAGAGAAGCUGAAAGACGAUGAGGAUGUGGAUGUCCGGUAUUUUGCCACCAUAGCUGCCGGUGGUACCACAACCAAUGCAACCGAGAGGAUGGACACGGGACAGUAG